AUGGCAGCGCCGCGCCUGCUGCUGCUGCUGCUGCUCCUCCACCUCGGCGCCGCCGCCGGCAACCGGACGCUGGUGUUCCUCCUGGCGGGCCAGUCCAACAUGGGCGGCCGCGGUGGCGCCACCAGCGGCGGCAGCUGGGACGGCGUGGUCCCGCCCGAGUGCGCGCCCUCGCCGCGCAUCCUCCGCCUCUCUCCGGAGCUUCGGUGGGAGGAGGCCCGCGAGCCGCUGCACCGAGGCAUCGACCUCCACAACGCGCUCGGCGUCGGCCCCGGGAUGCCCUUCGCCCACGCCGUCCUGCGCUCGCGACGCCUCCCGCCGCACGCCGUCGUCGGCCUCGUCCCCUGCGCGCAGGGCGCCACGCCCAUCGCCGACUGGGCACGGGGCACACAGCUCUACCACCGGAUGCUCCAGCGCGCCAGGGUCGCCUCGGAGGGCAGGCUCGCCGCGCUGCUCUGGUACCAGGGGGAGGCCGACACCAUCAGCCGCCGCGACGCCGAGCUCUACGCGCCCCGCAUGGAGGCCUUCGUCCGCGACGUCCGCCGGGACCUCGGCAUGCCGGACCUGCUCGUCAUCCAGGUGGGGCUUGCGACAGGGCAGGGCAAGUUCAUGGACCUCGUCAGGGAGGCGCAGAAGCGCGUGGUCAGCAACGUGCCCAACGUGAGGUACGUCGACGCCAAGGGCCUGCCCGUGGCCAACGACUACACGCAUCUCACCACCCCGGCUCAGGUGAAGCUCGGCGCCAUGCUAGCCAACUCCUACCUCGCCACGCUCUGA